AAAUAAACAUGGAUCCCGGAGUGAGACUUCACACUAAAGGCAGACACGUCUGUGGCAGGAAUGCAGAAGUGGAUGGGGACAUAUUCAAGUACAAGGGGCCGGCAGCAAACCUUGUAGGGGUAGUCAAGAUAGCAGAGCCAAUGUCACCAAUGUUUAACUACUUUGAAUAUGAGAUAAUCGAUAAAGGACAAGACACAGCCAUUGGCAUAGGACUGGGUGAGUACAAGUAUCCCCUCGACCGUAUGCCCGGUUGGAACCGCUCGGCCAUUGGUUAUCACGCGGACGAUGGUCGCCUCUUUCAUGAGAGUGGGUAUGGCGAAGCAUUUGGUCCACUCUGCACCCAGGGGGACAGAAUGGGGUGUGGCAUUCAUUUCGACCCUGAUCUUGAUUCGGGAUAUGUGUACGUAUUCUUUACAAAGAAUGGGUCUCAGAUAAAGGAACCCGUUAAAAUGAAACGACCUCUCUAUGGUUUCUACCCUCUCGUUGGUUUACAUAGUGUAGGGGAGAAGGUCCGGUACUUAGGCCACUGGAGGCGUGUACCUAAUAGAAUACAGGAACCAAUGGAAACUGAACUGUCCCCUCGGACCUACUGGCUGCGGUCUAACGGUAUCCGGUAUGUUGACGAUGGAUUGACGCUAGAGUAUGAUGGCGAUGGUCUUAACAGACAAGACGUGGGUAUAGCCCAGGCUUUGUUUCCGCUCUCGUCCAUGAAUCAUUAUUUUGAGCUUGAGAUCCUUGACUCUGGUCAGAAUGGAUGGAUUGCUAUAGGACUAGGCAAAUCAACCUAUUCAUUGACAAAGCACCCGGGCUGGUGCGAGGGAUCUGUUGGUUAUCAUGCGGACAACGGGCACCUUUACAAGGAGAAAGGUCAAGGUGAUCCCUUUGGUCCCCUUUGCUCAGCUGGUGACAUAAUGGGGUGUGGCGUUAGAUUCAACGAAGGUAUUAUUACUACGACUUUUAGUGAAAUUGAUAGCGACAGAGAAGAGGAGGAGGAGGAGGAAGAACCUAUUGACAGCAAUUUUAUGUUUGAGAUGGGCGAAGAUGAUGACUAUUAUGAUGAAUUUGAUAUUGAUCCUUCUUUUCUUGGAGGGUUUGAAGCCGGCUUCCGUAGAAGGAUUCUCCCUAGAUUGAAUCCAGGAUAUAAGAAGCAAUUAAGUGGAGCUGCCAAGUCUGGCCGAGACAAAGAUGGUGGAGUGUCUGAGAAAAGAACUUGUACUGUUUAUUUUACAAGGAAUGGCGAACUUGUUGGAGAAACCGAGUGUACUAUACCUAAUGGAGGAUUCUACCCUCUUGUUGCUAUGCUAAGUGAAGGAGAAAGGAUUCGUGUUAACUUUUGUCCACUGACAGGAUGAAAAGAGCCUUCUUACAAUUAUAUUGUUAUUAUUGUUAUCAUUAUUAUUAUUAUUGUCAUGGUUGCAUUUUUAAUGAUAAUAACACAUACUUAUUAGUUUGUCAUGCAAAUAUCUAUAUCCCAUGGUUUUAAUGAGUUGAUUGGUAUUUUAUGUAAACUA